AUGGCUAAACGCACCAAGAAGGUCGGGAUUAUCAGGAAAUAUGGGACCCGCUACGGUGCCUCCCUCCAGAAGAUGGUGAAGAAGAUUGAAAUUAGCCAGCAUGCCAAGUACACUUCCUUCUGUGGCAAGACCAAGAUGAGGAGUGCCGUUGGCAUCUGGCACUAUGGAUCCUGCAUGAAAACAGUAGCUGGUGGGGCUUGGACCUACGACACCACUUCUGCCAUCACAGUGAAGUCUGCCAUCAGAAGUCUCGAGAAACUGAAAGACCAGUAG